AUGGCUUCACGGAGAGCUGCGGCUGGCGCGCGUGCCGCGCUGCUCCUGCUCGGCCUUGCGCUGCUUGACAGGCAGACGUCCUUCAUCGCAGGCAACGGAAGACGCGCGGUUUUCUGCCGGCCUGAGGCGGCGCGAGCUGCGGGAAGGCGCCUGGAGCCUUCGAGAUGGUUUGCUCUCUGCGCCAAAGCUGGGGACGAGGUGGGCGGAUUUCUGCUGCAGGAGCCCCUGGGCACUGGGUCCUUCGGCACCACUUGGCAAGCAGCCGCCACAGAGCGCUGCGAUGAGGCCAUGGGGCUGAGGGAUGGCGAAGUGGUGGCUCUGAAGCUCAUCAGGCUGCAGGACGGCUGGACAAUGAUGGACAAGCUGGAGAGGGAGGCCUCUGUGCUGCAGAGGCUGCGGCAUCCGGGGGUCCCUGUGUACCACGGCUCGCUGGUGCACGACCAUCCAGGCGGUCAAGAUCUAGGUCUAGUCUCCGACAUCGUGCGGGGCAAGACGUUGGAAGAGGAGGUGAGAAGUGGGCGAUGGGCAGCCACUCCGGAAAAUCUCCGGCUCUUGACGGAGACGCUUCUGGAUGUUUGCGUGCACCUGGCCAGCUUCGCGCCUCCCGUAGUACACCGGGACAUCAAGCCGGCGAACAUCCUCUUAGAGGAGGUGCCCGGGAACUCCUCGGAGCGCAGGUGGAAGAUCUUUCUGGUGGACUUCGGGUCUGCAGUGCUGGGCUCCGGCACCAGGACCGCCGCCGGGACCUUCGGCUACAUGGCCCCCGAGUCCUUUGGCAACUCCUUCUCUCCAAAGUCGGAUUUGUACAGCGUCGGAGCGACGCUGCUCUUCGCCGCCGCCGGCCUCGAGCCCGGCGCGCUGCCUCAGGAGCGGCUCCAGGUGAAGUUCCAGCAAGCUCUGGUGGGCACCGUCUGGGAGAGGAACGAGCUCUGGCUGGCCAGGAUGCUGGAGAGGAUGCUGGCGCCGGCGCCAGAGGAUCGGUUUAGCUCCGCGGCAGAGGCCUUGAGCUUUUUGCGCGGCGAGCCGAUGGAGGUCUCCACCGAAGUCACCGUCGAGCCGCCGAGGGGGUCGCAGAUCGCUGUGAAGCGCGAGGGCGGAGAGCUCCAGGUGCUGUUCCCUCCGGGCAAGGUGAAUGUGGAGCUAGGGGCCUUCAGCGUGGCCUGGACCAGCUUCACGGCCUUCUGGACCGCCGGGGUGCUGAGCGCUGGCGCGCCCUUCAUGGCGCUCUUCAGCCUGCCUUUCUGGGCCACGGGUGUGCGGAUGCUCAAGGACACCUUAUCGCCUCUGCGCGGAGCGGUGGAGCUCCGUAUCUCCAGCGACCGCUGGACGCUGGGCCCGGAGCCUCGGAGAACCUCACUCGCACAGUGCCUUCCGCAUGUGCGGCCCGCAUGUGCGGUGAUGAAGGUGAUCGAUGAGCGGCCCGCCAGGCCACAGGCCCCCGCCAAGCCCAAAGCGGCUGCGGCGGACCUGCUGCGCAUCGCGGAGAAGCGGACGCCCCACUGCCGCUUCGCGUGCUGGGCCGUGCUGCGCGACCGGCGCUGUGUGGUGACCUUGGGCUCAGAGGACCUGCGGGUCUUUGUGGCGGACCACAAGCCCCCCACGGUCUUCCCCCUGGCGCGGCUCACGGUGCGCCGGGGCCGGCGCCAGCUGGAGCUACGCCGCCGCGGCUGGGCCGCGGAGCUGCUGGCGCGGCGGGUCUGCUGCUGCGAGUUCGGGGCCUUGGUGGUCACGAUGCGCAUGGACCAGGUGGACGACCUUUGCGGCAUUCUCUUCCCUGAGCCGAGCGAGCUCCUCCGAAGCCGCGUGCCGCUGGCGAUCUUCCCCUCGGAGGUGCUUCACCUCAUCGCAGAGUCCCUGGUGCUCCCCACGAUCCACGAGCUCAUGCGCUGCAGCGGGAAGCUGCGGGAGAUUCUGACGGCGGACAACUUCUGGCAGCACUUCUACAUCAAGCUCUUCCCUCAGCAGGUCAGGGAGCAGGUGGAGGAGUUCCCCGACAUCGAUGGCUGCACCGUGUUGGACAAAGUCGCCAUCGCCAGUCUGCGCUUUUGCAACGUCUGCUACACGCGCCGGGCAAAUCCGGGCUUCUGCGUCUGCGGUGCAAAGAUACGAUUCAACAAGUUCGUGCACUUCGACAUGCGCGCAGCCGAGAAGCUGCGCUUAGGUUUGCACAGACUGAGCACCCACUUCCAAAUCAAGGGCUUCGACCUGCAGUCGGCGUGCCUGUGCUUCUCCUCGCGAUACCAUGGCAACUCCCUGGCCAGCAUGUUGCGGCAGACCGCUGCGGUGGGCAGGACCCACUUGUUGGUCUGCGAGUCUUUCGCUGGGGACGUCUUCGGGGCCCUGCUGAGCUUCCCGCUCCAGCGCCGCUCCUCUCGGCUCUAUGGCUCCUGCAACCGGGUGUUUCUCUUCCACCUCAGCCCGGACAAACCCUUCCGCAUCUUUGAGCCGGAGGGCCGGUUCCCGGUGGUGCGGUCCCUGCCGGACGCCUUGGCCAUCGGGGGAGCCUCGGAAGUGGCUCUGUCCCUGAACUGGGACCUCUCCAUCGCCGGCUGCGAGCCCUCGGUGCUGUGCCAGGGCGCCACGCUGGCGGCCGCCUCCAAGGUGCCCCUCAGGUCGGUGCUCACCUUCGCAGAUGCCUCGGAGGGCGAGGACCGGAGGAUCUCGCAUCUCACGGCGGACUGGGGCUCCCACCCGGAGGUGCAGCGGAACUUGGCACGUCAGCUACUGCAGCUGUCGGGCCAGCAGGAUCUUAGGCACUACUUUGCGUAGGGCGUUGAGCGGCACCCUCACCAGCUUGAGACGCCGACACGAGCUCCGAACUGCCGCUCCGAAAAAUCUGAGGGGCUCGAUCCAUCCCAAGCUCGCGAGGCCCAGGGGUUUGGAUCAAGGCCCUUGGCGGUUUCGAGGUCGCGACACCGAUUUCCGAGCCAGCUGUACAGAACAGGGGAUGGCCCGAGGCCAAUGUACAUACCGCAGCACCAGGGCGCUAGAACGCAGGAGGUGCUAUUCAAAGCUUUCACUACCGGACCCCUUGGACCAUGCCCCUUCAGGGCGAACA